GUCCCAUGGUGUAAUGGUUAGCACUCUGGACUUUGAAUCCAGCGAUCCGAGUUCAAAUCUCGGUGGGACCUGUAGUUUUUUUUUGUUUAUGUAAUAUAUAUGUAUUGUUAUUAAUUUAAUAUAAUACGAAUUUAUCUCAAAAUUUGCAGCUGUGAAGUGUAUAUUUCAACAAACGUUGUUAGAACAUUGUGAAAUAUUUCCUAGUCCCAUUGGGAUUGGUAACCUAACCUCAUUUUACAAUCAUGUCAUAAGUAUUUCUACACACGACUUCUUUGGUUUGGAGAUUUAAAUUGAUUGCGAGCUGACGCGAAAGGAUGAACGAGCAAUGCGACUCUGUGGUCGUUAUUAAAGCAAAACCUGUUCGUAAGGUUUUUAAGGCUCCUGUGCGAGCAAGUAAGAUUCCUGAGGAACUGUUGAACGAUCCUAUAUUGAACUCUGCCAUAGCAGCCUUACCGUCGAAUUACAAUUUCGAAAUACACAAGACAAUAUGGAGAAUCAGAGAGGCCAAGGCAAAGCGAGUAGUGCUUCAAAUGCCAGAAGGACUCCUAAUGUACGCCACAACUAUAGCUGACAUCAUCGAAGACUUCACUCAAGCAGAGACUGUUAUUAUGGCUGAUGUCACUUAUGGAGCCUGCUGCGUGGAUGAUUAUACAACACGAGCAUUGGACGCUGACUUUUUGAUCCAUUAUGGACACUCGUGCCUAAUACCUGUGGAUCAAACUGCUGGCAUUAAAGUGCUCUAUGUAUUUGUUAACAUAAAAAUUGACAUUUCGCAUUGCAUUGAUUGCUUGCAAGUCACCUUGCCAGUUACCACAAAGAUAGCAUUAGUUAGCACUAUACAAUUUGCUACCACGUUGCAAGCAGUUGCAUCAGAGCUGAGAAGAGGAGGAUACGAAGUUUCAGUGCCACAGAGUAAACCACUCAGCCCUGGAGAAAUUUUAGGAUGUACAGCGCCGCAAGUUCGCUGUGCUGAUGCAGUAGUUUACAUAGGAGAUGGUCGUUUCCACUUGGAGGCUGCUAUGAUUGCCAACCCAAAGCUAAAGGCGUUCAAAUAUGAUCCGUACGCGAAAAAGUUGACUGAAGAGCUUUACGAUCACAAGAGAAUGUUGAGAACCAGACAUGAAGCGAUACAACGAGCUAUAGGAAUCGACAAGUUCGCUUUAAUACUCGGUACUUUGGGUAGACAGGGCAGUCCUAAGGUGUUGAAGACCCUGCAGAAUAGAAUCGAGGCUUUAGGAAAGAAAAACGUCAUUAUAUUACUGUCGGAAAUAUUCCCGGACAAGAUCAAGCUGUUCAAAGGCGUCGAUGCUUUCAUACAAGUUGCAUGUCCACGAUUGAGUAUCGACUGGGGCAUCGCGUUUGAAAAACCAUUUCUCACGCCCUACGAAGGCGCCGUCGCGCUCAGGAUGGCGGAUUUUGACAAGGACCGACCGUAUCCCAUGGAUUUCUACGCUACGACAAGUCUCGGUCCAUGGACCGCUAAUCACAAGGAAUCCGAAUUAGAAAAGACCGAUUCUUGCUGCGGUAAAUGUAAAAUGGACAAAUAAUAAAGGAGUUGAAUGCUCUAA